CCACCCACCCAUGGCACAUAUUAACCCUAAUAAGGCCCAGUUUGCUAUCUGGCCUCACUUCACUCCAUAUGUGGGCUUCUGUUUACUCUGCAGUCAGUGGCUAGAGAAAUAGAUGUGAGCAGAGGGGAAACAAAAAAAAAAAGGAGAACAAAGCCAGUUUCCCUCCCCUCCCCAGCUCACCAGUCAGAACCACAUCCUCCUCCCCAUGAAGCACCCCUCCCCCCAACAGAGGGCUUUCCCUUUGCUGAGUCACUGAAUGAUCUUGAGUUAAGGGAGUUGGAAAUGGAGGACCAUGAGGAGGUUGUGGGAGGGUGGGGGACAGGAGCAGAGUGGAUGGAGGAAGAACCCCGUGGGGGAGUAGAAUUUCAGUUGCUAAAUUUAGGAGCAGGGGAAGGAGGCGGAAAGAGCCAAAUUAUGUAACCUGGGUUGUCUGUUCUUGGGCAACUAGGGAUCCACACCCGAGACUCACUGUCCCCAGUAGCUUUUUAGUCCUAUCUCCUCCAAGGCACCAGGCCUCCUCCUGUCCUUCCAUCCAGAAUCUGUCCCCAUUCAAAACAUGGACUUCCUUUCUGGGUAGCACAGGCCUAACCUUUCAAAUCAACAUCUACCUCAAGUCAUGAAGUUGGAGGAAGAGAGUUUGGUAUUCCACAAGGAAGGGCGUGGUGUGCUAUCCCCCCCACACACACUCAAUUUGUACUCAAUUCCCUUUGAAUUAAAAGUUGGAGAUAGUAUCAAACUGCUACCAUCACCAGAACACAAUAGGGAACUUGGUGACAAGAAACGGCAGAACCAAAAGAAGAGCCUAGCAUGUCCUGGCAAGUGCACGAUCGGCACAUGACUGCAACAGAAAAUCUCAUGAAUCAGAAACUUCUUUUUCAGGUUUGGAUCCCUGAUCUACACAGGAGAACUCCGGGAGUGGGAAUGGAGGGUAAGAGAAGAUGGGGAAGGGGAACCUAAGUAAAUAUAAGGUGGGCAUGAGACCCUCAGAAGAAACAGUCCAGAGACCCAAAGCCGUGAAUGGCCCAGGCAGAUGUUCAGGGGUAGGAGGAAGAAGGACUGGUGAGAAAAAUUCUGUGAGAGGAAGCUGCUGUGAUUCAGAGAAGAGACAGAGCUGUGAGCAACCCAGGCAUCCGGUUCCUCUCACAGACCGGAGAUUUCGGAAGUGGCAUGCAAAGAGCCCAGGUUUGGAGUUGGGGUUAGGAUUUCUAAACUGGGGUUGAAAGGCCUCAGCUUUUCCUGCUUUCUACUGAAACAGCAGCAUCUUCUAAGCCCUGGGGGCUUCCCCAGGCCCCAGCCCUGGCCUAGAACCCGCCCGCUGCCUGCCACGCUGCCACUGCCGCUUCCUCUAUAAAGGGGCCCAGGCGUCCCUGGCCCAGGGGCCCCCGCAUAGCAGGUUCUCCUCAUGACACCACCUGGAUGCGUCUACUUCCUGAGGGUGUGCUGCGGCGCCCCCCUUCUCUCCCUACUGGGGCUGCUACUGGGCCUGCCACCUUGGACCCAGGGGCUCCCUGGUGUUGGCCUCUUACCCUCAGCUGCCCGGACUGCCCAUCAGCACUCCCAGAAGUACUUCUCCCAAGAAAACUUCAAACCUGCUGCUCACCUUGUUGGAGACCCCAGCACCCAGAACUCUCUGCACUGGCGAUCAAACACAGAUCGUGCCUUCCUCCGUCAUGGCUUCUCUCUGAGCAACAAUUCCCUCCUGGUGCCCAGCAGUGGUCUCUACUUCGUCUACUCCCAGGUGGUCUUCUCUGGAGAUGGCUGCCAACCCAAGAACACUCCUCUCUACUUGACUCAUGAGGUCCAGCUCUUCUCCUCCCAGUAUCCCUUCCAUGUGCCCAUCCUCAGUGCUCAAAAGUCUGUGUGCCCAGGACCACAGGGGCCUUGGGUGCGCUCUGUGUACCAGGGAGCCGUGUUCCUGCUCACCCGGGGAGAUCAGCUGUCCACUCACACAGAUGGCAUCCCCCACCUCCUCCUCAGCCCCAGCAGUGUCUUCUUUGGAGCCUUUGCUUUGUAGAAAAAUCCAGAAAGAAGAAGAAAAAAAAGGUUUCUCACUUUCUCCCCAAUUUAUUUCCAUUCUGGCCAUUUCAAAGGUCACCACCACACCUCUCCUUUGAUCAGUCCAGCAAUUUUAAUUCUUUCCUACUCAUGUCACCUGGAGCUUCCAAAGGAGGCGUUCCAGGCACCCCAAGGAACCACACAUCCCUGAACCACCCUAUGGAUUCUCAGCUGAGGAUUUCAAGCCUGCCUAGAAAUCCCCACCACUAGUCUGAGGAAGCAUAGCCCUGCACAUGGAAAGGAAGCAGACAUCAGGGGAGCUUGUGUGGGUGACUGGAGGCAGGGAGGGUAUAUUAUUUAUGACAAGAAGACAAUUAAAUUAUUUAUUUAUGUAGGAUAGAGAGAAGAGAAUUAUGAUGGUACAUCAGAAGAAAGAGAGAUAAAUGUAUGCCCAAGAAGUAAAGAGUGAAAGGACAUCUGUACAAGGAUGGCCUGGGGAGAGAAAAAUGUGGGUCUGAGGGAAGAAGGGCACUAGCAAAAAAGCAAAAGGCACUGACAAGUCAGCCACUGCUUAAACUAGACACCCCAUGAGGAGAUGUGUGUACCUCAAUAAAAACCCAAUAAACUGCUUUUCUCUGAAAUAUUGUCUAUGUGUAUAUUUGUUUGGGAAUGGAGAAGUUCUGAGUCUCUGAAAAUGGGGAGCUGGGGGUAUACAAAGGUCUAAGGAGUGCCAGGGAAAUAUGGUAGAUUUAGGAGGUAAAGU